UCGAUUGAAUCGGUGCUGAUUAUACAUAUAAAUUCAGUUUCCUUGUCGAUUCUAAAUAGGUCAUAUAGCAAAGUAACUUAAAAGGACUAACUUAAAAGCAAAGUUUUUUUUUAACUCGGGUUAAGAUAUCAACGAUAAGACCCUUUCGACAAAACUUCGGUGGAUUUUUAGAGUUCCCCAUAUUUUGAGGCAACUUGUCGUAGCAAGGUUACCAAAGGCAAGGAUAUAUUAAUCGAAUCGGUUGAUAGAAUUGAAAGUUUUACCAAAAACCUAUACGAUUUCCCUCUCUACAAUUGACGGAUAAUUUCGCUUAAAUUUUAAGAAAAUCCUUCUAUUCCGAUAUGAAUAUGUAUAAGGGCAAAGAGAGCGUCUGCUCAUCUAAGGAUAAGACCUUGAAUUCUUUGUCUACUAAGAACACGCUUAAGAAAGUUUGUGGGACCUCCAAGUUUCAAGGGAACCAAGUCGAUUUCGGGUCCCGUCAUGUUAUUAAACGUCGGAAACAAGCCAAAGUCCCCAAAAUCAUGGGAAAAACUCGGAAGACCUCACAUCCGUCUCAAGUUAAACCUAAUUAUAUGAAGAAACACUCUUCUUUACCAUCCUCGAAAGCCAAGAAACAGAAAGCCUUUAAGUUGGCUAAGAAAAAAGCUGGGGAAAAUGUGAAAUUCAAACUCAGGGCUGUAGGGAAAAUUGUACAAUUCAUUGAACUAUUUUCAGGCUGCAAUGCCGCCUUCCUCAUCUUCCAAGUGCUGGUAAUCUUUAUUUUCCUGGUCUAUAACUUCCUCUCGCCGAUAUAAAGACUUCAAAACUGAUGAUAAGGUGUUUCAAGUACCUUAUGCAAUAUCUAGGAAUACUAAAUUUACUGAAAUUCCAAUUUCUUAAUCAUAAAAGAAAGCAUUUCAAUAAUAAAACUGCUGCACUGUUUUAUUCAGUUCAA